CGACUCUCGGGCUCAAACUUGUUCUCCAUCAUGCUCACUAUUCUCGUGCUUGGCCAGGCAACGCAGGCUCUCUAACGUGAUAUAGGGCCUGCGUUGUUCAUCGAUACCUUUUUUUUUUACUGGGGCGAACUUCUUUCAGGAACUCAUAGACGGAGAUCAGACACUCCAGGUGAAGAUAGACGGAUAAUAGACCAUACCGAUAGAAGAUAGACUGCAAGUAUACCGCCACAAUCAUACCCACAAAGAACCUAGAAUCGGGACAUACCUGCGAUUUAGACCCUUCAAAUACGCAAGCAGUUUUUUUUUCUUAGACAACAAAUGGGACGCGCUGUUGCACCGACUGUUUGCCUUCCACCCCUCGUUCACCUCGAUAAUUACACCCCGUGUCAAGUCUUGGAAAGUUUACACACGCUGAAGAAGUUGUACUUCCCUCGCUCUCCUUCGCAACCCUCUCACCACGCAGGUGUCAUACCUGAACUCAGAGAAAUACCUGGGCGAUGCGCAGACAUACCACUGUCGAGGAAAAGGAACAGAAACGGAAGCACAGAACGCCGUGGACAACAUAUGGUCAACCACGAGCGCAUACCUGAUUCAGGUUAUGCCUCUGCUGAAGAAGACACUAAAAGCGAGACGGCGAAGGAUGAUGGUAGCGACGAGGAAGAAGGGGAAGGAGUUGACCUCGAACUCCUACGUGCGGACGAUUUCGAACGUGGCUUCGCCAUCAAAUGGCUAACUGGUUUCCUUAAGUGCGCCGAUAGCUGGAUGACCGUUCAGCGCAUUGGAUUUUCUAUAGAAGUUGAAGAUUUAGAGGGAGGAUCAGACACAGAGGAGGGGACCCAAGGAGAUAUAUAUACAGAACUUAUUGAUGAGGCGUCUGCUUUGCUUGCGCGUAUCGCAGGCUACGACGAGGAUGAUGAUGACUCACACAAUGAAACGGCUUUAACAAGGCAAUUUUGCUUUCCAUUCAGCAGGCACCCUGGGACGGCGCAUACCCCUCUGCUUAACGAAUGGGGCCAGCAGGGCGACAACAACCAGGGCGCGGAUACCAGAACAGAACGGGAAUCCAUUACUGUCGAACUGAACGACGCCCCGCUGGAUGCCGUAGACCACACCGCAGUGGGGCUACAGAGCUGGGGCAGUGCGAUCGUCCUCGCCAAACGAAUGUGCACCGACCCGGGUCUCUAUCUCCUGCCUAAUAAUCUAAACAUGUCGGCCGUGCACCCUUCACGGGAACCUCCGCAUGCAACAAAACUGCGUAUACUGGAACUUGGUGCUGGUACCGGCCUGCUCAGCAUCGUAGCUGCAAAGUUGUAUCGCCAGCUCGGAUACUCCGCACACUUAAAAGCAACAGAUUAUCACCCUAUGGUGCUAGAAAAUCUCAUUCAAAACGUUCGCUCGAAUCUUGGUUCUGUCGUGCACUUUUCACCGGACAUCAAUGGGAUGGAAAAAUUUGUGGAGGUGAACGUGGACGUCGAAAAGUUAGACUGGUCUUCCCCACCGGAGGUCGAAGAGGGAGAAAAGUAUGAUGUUGUGCUGGCCGCUGACGUCAUAUACGACCCGAAACAUGCGCACUGGAUAUGUGACUGCGUCAUGAAGAGUUUGAAGAAGCCGAUGCCUGGGGUAGGCGGAGGGAGCAGCGUGUUUUGGUUAGCGAUGCCCCUGCGGUCGACGGGUCGACACGAAGGGAUGGGACGUACGGUUGAAGAUGCAUUCCCUGUUUUAGAUACCCCCGAAGAAGGAAGACAAGGUGAACAUAGGCUUGUGGUUGUGAGCAGGGAGGAGACAGGCAGGCAGGAGGGGUUCGGGAGGGCGGAUGAAGGAGGGUACACGUUGUUCGGGAUUCGGUGGGCCUAGCGACAUUUGUCCUGGGGUUCCGUCACGCUUAACCAGCAACCACAUUACCACAAAUACUGGCUCCUGCGCACCAGCGAAUUCUUAGAAAGUGCAUGUCGAGUGGUAUGCAAAACACAGU